AUGCAGGGACGGGUAUUUCACGACCUUCUCCCACAGAUAAUCGAUGAUGUUUUCCAGAACAGGAUACAAGAGAGCCAGCUGCUUGAGGCAUGCCGGAAAGCAUUGAACGAUGCGCAGUCCAUUCAACUUGUGCCAAUAAUAGCAGCUGGCCUGCACCGGCGCCUCGAGUCCCAUCUUGGAGCAACCCACAACAACCUGCUCAAGUCUCCUUCUACUUCUCAAUCUCCAGAGAAAUUUUCGAACGAGGCUCAGUCCUCAUUUGAAGGCGUUGCAAUCGUUGGCAUGUCCGGCAGGUUCCCUGGUGCCGAGUCUCUUGACGAGUUCUGGGCAGUUCUUGAGGAAGGUGUGGACCUCUGUCGCCAGAUACCCAGCGAUCGCUUCGACAUCAAAGCGCACAACGGAGAUGCUUCAGAUAUGUCAUCAAUCUCCCCAUAUGGGUGCUUCAUCGACAGGCCAGGGAUGUUCGAUGCCCGCUUAUUCAACAUGUCACCUCGUGAGGCAGCCUCCACCGACCCUGGUCAGAGGCUGUUGCUCAUGUCGACCUACGAGGCUCUCGAGAUGGCCGGCUACACGCAGGCCCCGCGUGAGGAAGAAAGGGACACGAAAGUCGGCACUUUCUUCGGCCAGACCAUCGAUGACUGGAAGGAGUAUAACGCCGCCGAGAACGUCGACAUGUACUAUGUCACAGGCGGCAUCCGGGCCUUCAGUGCCGGCCGGGUCAACUAUCACUUCAAGUGGGACGGCCCGUCCUACAGCGUGGACAGCGCCUGCUCCUCCAGCCUGCUCGCCAUCCAGCUCGCGUGCAACUCGCUGCGCUCGGGCGAGUCCAACAUGGCUGUUGCGGGCGGGUCGAACAUCCUGACCGGGUGCAACAUGUACGAGGGCCUGAGCAGGGGUAGCUUCCUCUCAAAGACGGGGUCUUGCAAGACCUUCGACAGCAGUGCCGAUGGGUAUUGCCGAGGAGAGGGUGUCGGGGUCGUCGUGCUAAAGCGCCUCCCAGACGCCGUGGCGAACCGUGACCCCAUUCUUGCUGUCAUCAGAUCUUCCGCAACAAACCACUCGGCCCAGGCCGUGUCCAUCACGCAUCCACACGUUGAGACCCAGGAGAGGUUGUACCGGGAUGUGCUUUCUCAGGGAGGGCUUGAGCCUGCCGAGGUCGAUUACGUGGAAUGCCAUGGCACAGGCACCCAAGCUGGAGAUGGUGCCGAGUCUACGUCUGUCUACAAUGCGCUUUGCAAGACACCACGCGCGCGACCACUAGUGAUUGGCUCGAUAAAGCCCAACAUUGGCCACGGAGAGGCCGCAGCGGGGGUAUCGUCUCUGAUCAAGAGCGUCAUGAUGCUUCAGCGCGACACGUUCCUGCCACACGUCGGCAUCAAGGGCGAGAUCAACCCAAAGUUGCCUCCAUUUGCGGACAAAUACCGCAUUGCGACACACGCUCCAUUCCGGCGGCAAGAUGGGAAGACCAGGAAGGUCAUGAUCAACAACUUCAGCGCCGCUGGUGGGAACACCAGCAUCGUUCUCGAGGACGCAGCCUUGAUUGCAGGUGGAAGCCCAUUCGAGCAUGUCGCAGAUCCACGUACCACACAUGUGGUCACGGUGUCUGCAAAGACGCUCGCUUCGCUCCGGGGAAAUAUGGAACGGCUCCGGGACUUUAUGUUAGCAUCCACUUCCUCUGUUUCUUUGGCAGAUGUUGCAUAUACGACCACCGCCAGAAGACUGCAUCAUCCUAUGAGAAAGGCAUAUGCGGUCAAGUCCGCGGCGGAAUUGGCCACCGAGCUUGAAAAAGACUGCGCAGAGUGGGACGAAUCUCAUUCGGUGGCCCAAAAGCCACCAUCCCUUGUUUUCGCCUUCCCAGGCCAAGGCAGCAGCAUCGUCGGUACCGCAAAGGUUCUAUACGACAGCUCCGCGUCAUUCCGGCGCAUAACUGGCGAGCUAGACUCAUUGUGCGAGGCUCAGGGCCUCCCCUCAAUCCUCCCACCGCUCCUGGGAGAGCCAUCCGCCUCGGACCCCUCGCCGCUGGAAAGCCAGCUCUGCAUGGCCCUCCUAGAGGUCGCAAUGGUGCGACUCUGGAAGUCAUGGGGGGUUGAGCCGAGCCUCGUUACCGGCCACAGCCUUGGCGAGUACGCGGCGCUGUACGCGGCCGGUGUCGUUUCUGCUGCAGACGUCGUCUUCCUCGUUGCCAAGAGGGCGUCGCUCAUGCAGGAGUUGUGCUCUCGCGGCACCCACAAGAUGCUCUCGUUGCGGAUGUCGGCGGAGGACGUUAGAGCGGCCCAGGAGACGACCGGGCUGGCAUCGCUCGAGAUCACUUGCGUCAAUGGGCCGACGGCCACUGUUGUUGCUGGGUUGGAAGAGGACCUGCAGGUGUUCAUGAAACAGCAGCAGGCUGCAGGUGUCACAGCUGUCUUUUUGGAUGUCCCCUACGCCUUUCACUCUGCACAACUGGACCCUAUCCUGGAUGCGUACGAGAAAAGUUCGGCUGGUGUCAACUUUGUGAAGCCAAGAAUACCCGUUGCGUCGAGUCGCCUCGGGUGUAUCGUCGAGGAGGACGGCACUUUCAACUCGUCCUAUCUUUCGCGGCAAGCUAGGGAGCCGGUCCUGUUUUCACAAGCGGUGGCUGCAUGCCAGACCGCACAAAAGGUGGACCAAAACACCGUUUGGCUGGAGAUGGGCCCUGGGUCCACAUGCGUGUCUCUGGUGAGGCAGUCCCUUGGUACCGCCUCAGCCAAUUCACUAUCCACGCUGGACAGCAAGAAGGGAAUCUGGGAGGGGAUUUCGUCCACUCUGGCUACUCUUUACUCCCGAGGUAUCGACAUCAAUUGGGCCGAUUUCCACCGUGACUACAAGAACGGCUUGUCUGUCGUCGGGCUUCCGCAUUAUGCUUUCGACUUGAAGAACUACUGGCUCGACUACACCAGCCGCAAAGACCGCGCAGCUUCUGCCGUGGAGACUGUUGCUUCCAAGCCAGCACCCCAGUUUUCGUCACCGUGCUGGCAAGAGAUCGAGGAAGAAAAUUUCGGUGCUUCGGAAGCAUCAGUCAAGUUCAUCAGCGACUUGAAUCGGCCCGAGCUUGCUGGUAUGGUGCAUGGUCACGCCGUGGGAGGCAUAAGCCUCUGCCCCAGUUCAGUCUACGCUUCGAUGGCGUUCUCGUGUGCUCUGUACAUCUUCCAGAGGCGUGAUUCUGCACUCGGUGCCGAUGAGGUUCCUCCGAUGGACCUAUCAGAUAUGGAAAUAUUCAGCCCCUGCGCUGUGUCAACCGAUGCCGACCAGCGACAAGUCUUGAUGGUCACAGCCACGCAGCACUCCCCAUCCAGUCCCGUUGAGCUUGUUUUCAGCACCUCACACGACGACGAGGAGACAUAUCGUCAGAACGCAUGUUGUGUUGUUCACCUCACCACCAAGGCUGUCGCUUUCUCCGAGGCCAACAAGAAUCUCUACCUGAUCCAGGACCGAGCCGAGAUGCUCCGCCGCAAGGAGCCAGAGGGCGAUGUGCACAAGCUGAAGAAGAAGAUGGUGUACAAGCUUUUCAAGACAGUGGUUGACUAUUCACCACGUUAUUUUGGCAUGGAGGACCUCCUACUGAGCUCCGACCGCCCAGAGUCGUGCGCCCGACUUUGCUUCGACACACCGGCUGAACCGGAGAACUUUGUUCACAACCCAUUCUGGAUCGACUCGCUGGCCCAGCUUGGAGGCUUCUCGCUUAAUGUCAACCCACCCUCCGGACAAGACGAUGUAUACAUCUCCCAUGGCUGGCAGAGCAUGCGCAUCUUGCGCCGACUGUCUGACCAGGAGAACUACGCCUGCUACGUCUGCAUGCAACCCUCGGAGGCACAGCCGGGUGUUUGGUCCGGCGAUGUGUAUGUCUACAGUGGCAACACUGUGGUUGCGUUAUGCAUGGGCCUCAAGUUCAAGCAAAUGAGAAGGCCGCUGCUUUACAACCUGCUUGGCCAUGCCUUACCCAGCAAGCUGUCGCCCUCGGCGCCACCAACUCCGCCAACUCUAUCCAGGUCGCCAUCAGCCGCACCAUUGAGCCGGGUCAACACAGCUCGCUCCUUGGGCACAACUCCAUUCCCCGCCCUCGAGACUCACAAGUCUCAUGUUGGCUUCGUGGAUGUUCUUGGAGUAAUCACAGAGGCUGCAGGACUAGAGGCGAGUGAUGUUGCUGAUGCAUCGACAGAGUGGUCGAACCUCGGAAUCGACUCGCUGCUUACCAUCACGAUCCUCGAGGAACUCAGAAAGCUUACCGGCAUGGACUUUGCUAGCUCCUUGUUCACUCGGUUCCCAACAGUCGGGGACCUGAAGGUCUACUUCCAGAGCCAGCAGGUCGAGGCUAAGAGCCCCGUCGAGCCCGAAGCGCGACCUUGCAGACCGAGGGACACUUCGUGCUCGAGCAGGGCACGAUCCAGGUCGUUCCUCCCCGCGGCUGUCAGCAGGCUCAGGACGUCGACUUCUGUCUCCUCAAGCUCCAUGUUAUCCGAGGCCGACAGUGCAAUUGACGUCGGCAGUAGGAGCAGUGGCGCCUCGGACUCUGCUGAGCUCCUCAUUUCGAUCAUAGCAAGAGAGGUGGGCGUCAGCCGUGCUGAGAUCUCACCCUGGACAAAGUUCUCCGAGCUGGGCCUGGACUCGUUGCUCACAAUCACUGUCUUGGCGAUGUUCAGGCAAGAAGGAGGAAUCAACCUCCCGUCGUCAUUCUUCAACGAUCAUCCAACUCCCAACGACGUCGACGGGACCCUGAACUCUGCGAAACAGUCUCCUCUGGCGCCGGUUGCAUCAGAAGGCUUCGAGCACAGCCCUGGGCCCCAGAAGGAGCCACUGUCACUGUACAAGGGCCAAGCGCCCGGGACGGCGGAAUCACGGUAUGAAAGCAAGCCAAUCCUGAUCCAAGGCACACCACGUCCUGACGGUCAGGCUCUGUUCCUCCUCCCAGACGGCUCCGGUUCCGCCCUGUCCUACAUUAACCUGCCCCCGGUGACGACGACAUCGUCCCUCCCCGUGUACGCGCUCUUCUCGCCGUUCAUCUCGGACCCGGACGCCUACGACCUGAGCCUGCCGGAGGUCGCGGCCAUCAUGCUCCGCACCGUCCACAGCCUGCAGCCCACUGGGCCGUACAUGAUCGCCGGGUGGUCCAUGGGCGGGAUCCUCGCCUACGAGGCGGCGCGGCAGCUCCUGGCGGCCGGCGAGGUAGUCGACAUGCUGGGGCUGGUCGACAGCCCCUGUCCCCGGACUUUGCCGCCCCUGCCGGCGCCGACGCUUGACGUCCUCGACAAGGCGGGUCUCUUCUCUGGCAUCGACGGCAAGAGCAACGUCUCGGCGUCGACGAGAAGACACUUCCUGGCCAGCGUCCGCGCCCUGGAGCACUACACCCCGCAGGAGAUACCGGCCUCGGCGGCGCUGGGGAAGGUGGUUGCCGUCUGGGCCAAGGACAGCGUGCUCGAGGGCGUUGUCGACCAGGCCAAGCGGGAUGCGGUGAUGAGCGGUGAUGAGAUCGCCGGGGAGGCUAGGGACUGGCUUCUGGGGAAGAGGAAGGACUUUGGUGCUGCUGGGUGGGACAAGCUGACGCGGAGGGGGGUGACGGCCAGGUGCAUACCUGGGAAUCACUUCUCUAUUAUGUCGCCGCCAUUGAUCAAUAAUGUCCAGUCCGCUCUGACGGAUGGGCUGUUGCAACUUGGGCACUGCUGA